UACCCUAUUUACACCCCCCCUCAUCCCCCUCCAUCGAGCCCAGCCGCGGUGCUAUUGUCUCGUUUCCUGUGGCCGUGCGAGCAACUCUCCACAAACAAGCCUGCAGUGGCUGUGAUGAGGUCCCACUUCCAGCAAGCGAAGCGAGUCGUCAGGACUAAUUGAAGAACUCAGAGCCGCAGGAGCUGUAGCCUACAGUGUCUUCUUCGUAGAACUGGCAAAGUCACAGUGAGGGAGAGAGGAGCUUUCUGGGGGGAAAAGUAUGGAGUUUUUCUUUUGACAGCUGCGCCGGUGCCAGACUGACAAACAUCAGGGACCGGGGAGGUGAGCUGUCACCAUCCAUUCAACUGCCAGAUGACUGACCAGCCCUGCAGCCGUGCAUCCUGACUGCCUCUGCCUCAGUGUGUGAGUCUAAAUGUCCACAAUGACUUGGAGGGGACUUGAAUGGUGGAUCCCCUGCUGACACCUCAGACCAGAUUUCGUCCUCGACUGCCUCCUUUCCCCAACGGCUUUGGUGUGCUCAUUUUCUCUGGAGCUUCCCUCCCUGUUGAAUCUGUCACCAUGGCUAGUCUGGUGCUCAACGAGACCGGAAUGGAGGAUUGUGGAAUUGACGACUCCUUCAAGUACAACUUGUACUCAGUCGUUUACAGUGUGGUCUUUGUCUUAGGACUGAUCACCAACUGUGCCGCCCUCUUUGUUUUCUGCUUCCGGAUGAAGAUGAGCAAUGAGACCACAAUGUUUAUGACUAAUUUAGCUUUAUCAGAUUUAGUGUUUGUUUUUACGCUGCCAUUCAAAGUCUUCUACAAUGUGAACCGCCAUUGGCCCUUUGGAGACGGACUGUGUAAGGUCUCGGGAACGGCCUUCAUCACCAACAUCUACGGCAGCAUGCUCUUCCUCACCUGCAUCAGCGUCGACCGCUUCCUGGCGAUAGUUUACCCCUUCCGCUCCCGCUCCAUUCGUAAUCGCAGAAAUGCAGCGCUGGUGUGCGCCGCUGUGUGGCUUACCAUUGUGGGAGGAGGAAUAUCGGUGACCUUCUUCUCCACCAUUAACAGCACAAACAGAGCCACCACAUGCUUCGAGGGCUUCUCCAAGAGCACCUGGAAGACCUACCUGUCCAAAAUCACCAUCUUCAUUGAGAUUGUGGGCUUCCUUAUCCCUCUCCUGGCCAACUUGGUGUGUUCCUCGCUUGUUCUGCGGACUCUGCGUCGUCCUGUUACUGUCGGGCAUGGCUGUGACAGUAAAAGACGCGUACUACGGAUGAUUCUGGUCCAUCUGGCCAUCUUCAUCAUCUGCUUUGUUCCAUAUAACUCCAUCCUCUUCCUGUAUGCGCUGGUGCGGACCCAGGCCCUGGCGAGCUGUGCUAUUGAACGCUUUGCGCGAACUCUUUACCCGAUCACUCUUUGCCUGGCCAGCCUCAACUGCUGCCUGGACCCAGUGGUCUACUACUUUACCUCGGAGAGUUUCCAGAAAAGCUUGACCAUGGGAGGCAAAGGGCCUGGCUCUCGACCGGAGAGUAUCCCCCGCAGUGACACUGAAACCCAGGACACAGCAAUCACCCUCCCCAGAGACACACACACUCUGGCCAGUAAUGGAAAAGACUCAAAGACAGCAGAGAGUCAGCUCUGUCUUCAAUGUGACCGCAACAUGACCAGCUGGAACCAGAGCAUGGAUAAGAUGUACACAUACUUCUACCUGAUUCUUUUCAUCCCGGGUCUGCUGCUCAACACCACCGCCCUCUGGGUCCUCUGCAGACACAUUAGUAAGAAGACCAAGGCAGUGAUCUUCAUGAUAAAUCUGGCAUUCGCAGACCUGGCUCAUAUUCUCUCCCUGCCUCUCAGGAUUUAUUAUUACUUCACACGCGUUUGGCCCUUUGGACGAGGCAUGUGCUUGUUCUGCUUCUACCUGAAAUACCUCAACAUGUAUGCAGCUAUAGUGUUUCUGGUGUGUAUCAGUGUGCAGAGAUGUAUCUUUCUGCUUAACCCGUUUGCUGCUCGCCGGUGGAGACGGCGCUAUGACCUUUUGAUCAGCAUCAUAGUGUGGUUGAUUGUCAGUUUGGCCUGCUCGCCUUUCAUUCUGAUGCGGACCAGCAGCAGCAACACCACCAGUCCUGCUAUCAGCACACAGACAGUCUAUGACAAGUACUCUUCUCUUGGCAUCACUCCUCAACAUCCAGUAGCUUACACAAAGAUGUAUGACCAACCUUUGAGUACAACACCCAACACAUCCAGUCCCAGCUCUCCCACAGAGGGCUGCUUCAAGGACUUGCCCAUGCGGCGUCUGUCCUUCUCUCUCUCUCUCACCAUGAUGGCUCUUGCUGAGCUCUUUGGUUUCCUGAUCCCUUUGGCCUGCAUCACUUAUAGCUCCCUCCGCAUUGCCCGGUCCCUCAACCAAAGACAUUCCCAGGAUCAGAAAUACUCGACCACACUCUCAGCACGCAGCCGUCUCAGUUCAGUCAUCUCCAACUGUCAGGCCGAUAAGUGUCAUGAAAAGCUGACGGACGGUGAGAAGCGUCGUGCUUUACGGAUGGUGCUGAGCUGCUCUGCCCUCUUCUUAUUCUGCUUCGCCCCCUACCACAUCAACUUCCUCCUCUACCUGAUGGUGUCACAGGACAUCGUGUCCCACUGUGCCACGCGGCUAGCUGUGCUUCAAUUCCACCCAGUGUCUCUUUGCCUGGCGAGCCUGAGCUGCUGCCUCAACCCCUUGCUGUAUUAUUUUCUAACAGCGGAGUUCAGAUCGCACCUCACCAGGCGAACCUCUUCCUUCACCUCCUCUCUGCUCUCCUCGCCCAUCAGCUCCAAGCUGCAGCGCCCUGCACAGCAAAGAAUGACGAGCAUGGAGAAACUUCCCUCAAAUGAGCAUGAAGUGCUCCUCUCCAUAGAGACAGGAUGGAUGCUCACACACAUUCAUCACCAGACUCCAAGCGGCUUUCCUGAUACAAGCUUCCUGUUGAUUUACUGGGCAGCUUGUCUGAACAGUAACUGGUUAACUGGACCUUCACUUAAGAUGAACAAAGGCAACCACAGCUGUGAAAGCGAAGAAGAUCUCCGCGAGUACCAGCACUAUGUGUAUGCAGUGGUGUACAGUGUGAUCUUAGCACCGGGCCUGCUGGGUAACGUUCUUGCCAUCUGGGUGUUCAGGGUUUAUGUCCGAGAAACCAAGAAGGCUGUGGUGUUCAUGUUGAACCUGGCUGUGGCCGACCUGCUGCAGGUGCUCUCUCUGCCUCUGAGGAUCUACUAUUACCUGAAGAACACCUGGCCCUUUGGUCAUCCUCUCUGCAUGAUCUGCUUCUAUCUGAAGUAUGUCAACAUGUACGCCUCUGUCUACUUCCUGGUGUGUAUCAGUGUUCGUCGCUGUGAGCUGAUCAUGCGCCCGCUGAGGUUCAACUCAUCCAGGCGGAAAGGAGACUGGUGUAUCUGUGCCUUCGGCUGGCUGCUAGUCUGCCUUGGCUGCCUGCCCUUUCCUCUGCUGAGAAACCCCAGCGGGGUCCCAAUCAAUAAGUUAAAUGACGAGGUCCUCACCUCAGAGGCCACGCCCAGCCUCACCGGGUCUGACCUGGUGUGUUUCUCAGAGUUACCCAUGAGGCCUGUGAGUAUGCCAGCAGCCUGGGUCCUCCUGAUCCUCGCAGAGCUGCUGGGUUUCAUCGUCCCUCUCAUCCUGGUGUUAGCCUGCACCUGUCUGACAGCUGGCAGCCUUCGAGAGUCAACAGCAGGGGCUAUUUCUGACCGAGGGGAGAAGCGGAGGGCGUUACGCAUGGUGUUGAGCUGUGCUUUGGUCUUCCUAUUGUGCUUCGCUCCUUACCAUGUCACUAUGCCCCUGGACUUCCUGGCUAAAGCCGACGCCCUGAGCAGCUGCACCCUCAGGAAACUGAUCCUUCGGUGUCACCCUGUCGCUCUCUGCCUGGCCAGCGUGAACUGUAGCCUGGACCCACUCAUGUACUAUUUCACGACGGAUGAAUUCAGGAGGCGACUGAGCAAGCCGGAGAUACCAGAGAGCAUGGCUUUCAGUCGGCGCCUGUCCUGUAUGACAGGAGAGGACCAAGAGGAAGACUAGGCCCUCUCGAAACUGUCAUGUUGAAGAACAAGUUUAAUCUCAACCACUACAUCCUGUGAUGAAGACCAUGCACUCCUUAAAACAAGGAGAAUUAACAUGUAAAUUAGUAUGUGAAAAAAGGGGUACAAUUGUUUUUUUCUAUUUAUUUUUCAAGAAAAGGUGUCUGUUCUUUCUAAAUCGGUACGACCUUGACAGGUGAAGACUGAGCUGUUCCAGUUAUGAAGGAUGAACUUUUCAUCAGUGCCAACAUCUCUUAACAAGCGGCAGGAUAAAGCAACACGAGCAGCUGGGUUCAGGAUCAGCUCAGGAUCAGCUCACAGGCGAUGAUAAAAGAGAUGGAAACAGAUUCAAAAAGCAGAACGGUUCAGUAGGUAGAGAAAUGUAACUUUAUUUCAUGACAAAAGUGAAAUUCAUUUCAGUAGCUGGACACAACAUUGGAUUUAAUCACAUUUGAGUAUUGUUAAAAAAAGCUCAGACAGUAACCCUUUUUUUUUUAAAACGAGCACACUUCCUGUCUGAUUGUCUUUCUGUGCAGGCAUCGUCUUGGAAACCACUGAAAAUGAGUUAUUUGGCAAAAGGCCAUUUUUCACACUUCCAAAUGUUCUUUUUCAGAGUGUUUUUUUUUUUAAAAUUCAAAUCAGGUGUACGGAUUUAUUGGAGUAUUUUUAUGCAUUAAACUGUUCCUGUGAAAACUGUAAA